UCCUCUACAGAUACAGGACAUGGCGGUCUAUUACUCCAUGGAGGAGUGGGAGUAUGUAGGACACAAGGAUCAGUACAAGGAUCAGGUCAUGAUGGAGGAUCAGCAGCCCCUCACAUCACCAGUCAGAUCCAGUAAGAGAACAGCACCAGAGAGGUGUCCCCGCCCUCUUGAGGAGCAGUAUAAGGAGGACAUUACUACAGGGAAAGAUGAGAUCUAUAUUAAAGCUACAGACAUAAAGGAAGAAGAAGAGACAGAUGUGAGCAGUGAUGAGCAGUAUAAGGAGGAAAUUCCUACAGUGAAAAAUCUGAACAAUAUUAAUAAUACAGACAUAAAGGAAGAAGAAGAGACAGUUGUGAGCAGUGAUGAGCAGUAUAUGGAGGACAUUUCUACAGGGAAAGAUAUGAUCUAUAUUAAUGCUACAGAAAUAAAGGAACAAGAAGAAGAGACAGAUGUGAGCAGUGAUGAGCAGUAUAAGGAGGACAUUCCUACAGGGAAAAAUCUGAACACUAUUAAUACUACAGACAUAAAGGAAGAAGAAGAGACAGAUGUGAGCGAUGAUGAGCAGUAUAUGGAGGACAUUUCUACAGGGAAAGAUAUGAUCUAUAUUAAUGCUACAGAAAUAAAGGAACAAGAAGAAGAGACAGAUGUGAGCAGUGAUGAGCAGUAUAAGGAGGACAUUCCUACAGGGAAAAAUCUGAACACUAUUAAUACUACAGACAUAAAGGAAGAAGAGACAGAUGUGAGCGAUGAUGAGCAGUAUAUGGAGGACAUUGCUAAAGGGAAAGAUCUGAUCUAUAUUAAUGCUACAGACAUAAAGGAGGAAGAAGAGACAGAUGUGAGCGGUGAUGAGCAGUUUAAGGAGGACAUUCCGACAUGUAACCACCCAAAUUCUUGUAGCAGGAGAUCAGAGGAGAAUCUUAUAUCUUCAGAUUAUAAAGCAGAUGAUGAUAUCACACAAGAUACAUAUGAAGAACAUUCCAUUAUCCCAGAUACACCCUCAGCCCUUCACAGCCAAGAUCUGUCAUCUCAUCCUUAUAUACAGGUCCUGUCUUCUCAGUCAUCACAGGAUGUUACACAGAAUGAAAGUCACAGAAGGGGUGUUGAGCCUCAAAAAGCUCUCACAGGGGAGAAGCCAUUUUCAUGUUCAGAAUGUGGGAUAUGUUUUACUCAGGAAUCAAAUCUUGUUCAACAUCAGAGAAUUCACACUCGGGAGAAGCUAUUUUCAUGUUCAGAAUGUGGACAUUGUUUUACUAAUAAGUCAAGUCUUCUUGAACAUCAAAUAAUUCACACAGUGGAGAAGCUUUUUUCAUGUGCAAAAUGUGGGAAAUGUUUUACUCGGAAAUCAGAUGUUGUUGAACAUCUAAGAACUCACACAGUGGAGAAGCUAUUUUCAUGUUCAGAAUGUGGGAAAUGUUUUACUAAUAAGUCAAGUCUUCUUGAACAUCAAAUAAUUCACACAGGGGAAAAGCCAUUUGCAUGUUCAGAAUGUGGGAUAUGUUUUACUCAGGAAUCGAAUCUUGUUCGGCAUCAGAGAAUUCACACAGGAGGGGAGAUAUUACAAUGCCCAGAAUGUGGAAAAUGUUUAAUUCGAAAAUCAAAUGAUGUUCAGCAUCAGGGAAUUCACACAGAUGUUAAAUUAUUUCAAUGCCCAGAAUGUGGGAAAUGUUUUACUCGGAAAUCAGAUGUUGUUGAACUUCUAAGAACUCACACACAGGAGAAAUUUAUAUGCUCAGAAUGUGGAAAAUCUUUUACUGACAAAUCAGGACUUGUAACACAUCAAAAAACUCACACAGGAGAGAGGCCAUUUUCAUGUUCAGAAUGUGGGAAAUGUUUUAUUAACAAAUCAGGUCUUGUUCAACAUCAGAAAAGUCACACAAAGGAGAAACCAUUUUCAUGCACAGAAUGUGGGAAAUGUUUUAUUCAAAAAUCACAUCUUGUUAUACAUCAAAGAACUCACUCAGGAGAGAAACCAUUUUCAUGUUCAGAAUGUGGGAAAUGUUAUGUUCACAAAGGAAGUCUUGUUCAUCAUCAGACUAGACGGUUUCACUUUUUUGGGGGAAAUAACAGCUCCACUGGCUCAAAUGGGUAAACCCUAUGUGGCUCCUAAAGGGGAACCUACAGACAAAUCAUUGAAAGAUUUGGCCACAAAUUGGGACUGAUUAUUAAAACUUAACCUUUAAUAUAUAUAUAUAUAUACAUACCAUAUAAAAUUGGAGUCCAAAGUUUAUUAUAAACACAUUAACACAGUGAAAAAAUAACAAGAUUACAUACAGAAUGGCCCAACGACCCAGAGCCAAGCAGGUCCAAGGAGGGGACCAAGGGGGAAUGCAGGUUUGAUGUUACUGCAGAGAAGGGAUAGUGCCCAUCCUGUACUGAAUACCCCAUAGAUCUGUCCCUAUGUUUGGAGGGACCCAUCUCCUAAACAGGAUGUCCUAAACCACGGUGACGGUCCCUCUACUGGAGGGAGAAAUAACGGGGACAGACACGGCCCUGAGGAGUCCUGAACCUAGAGGGAUCCUGAGUUAUGGUUCCAUCUCAGCAGCCGGAAUCAUCAGUCAGGUUGUAACUGAAUCUGGUGGGUAAAGUCUGAAGGUGUGAGGGGGCUGCAGACUGGAGAUGGGGCUUGUUCCCUGGUCUACACCAGACUGACUAAAUACUUUGAGGUUUCCUCUCUGUCCCAGGGGACUAGCGAACAGCUCUACUAUGUUCACAAACAGCUCAGCUACAUGUACAUUACACAUAUACAGCUCUACUAUGUUCACAAACAGCUCAGCUACAUGUACAUUACACAUAUACAGCUCUACUGUGUACACAUAAAGCUCAGCUACAUGUACAUUACACACAUACAGCUCUACUGUGUACACAUACAGCUCAGCUACAUGUACAUUACACAUAUACAGCUCUACUGUGUACACAUACAGCUCAGCUACAGGUACAUUACACAUAUACAGCUCUACUGUGUACACAUACAGCUCAGCUACAUGUACAUUACACAUAUACAGCUCUACUGUGUACACAUACAGCUCAGCUACAUGCACAUUACACAUAUACAGCUCUACUGUGUACAC